AGUUACUGGUAAAAUCAUUUCUAAUGUAUGGUUAAAUAAUGGAUGAUUAUUUGAAUAAGAGCUUUGGUUUUAAAUAUAUUUGCAGAUUCUCUAUUUGAUCGCGAGAUUUCAGCGAAGGCAGUCGGUGUUCUUACUUGGAAUACUUUUAUUUAUAAUCAAAAGUUGCAAAAAUGAAAGAAAUUCCAGUUGAUGAACUAUACAAAAGAGACGAUAAACUGAAAAAAGAAGAUGUGCUGUCUUUGAUGGAAUGGAUGGAAAAGCAGCCACAUUUGCCUAAAAUUUCAGAACUGCAGACAGCGCUUUUCCUUCAUAGUUGUUAUUACAGCAAUGAAGCUGCCAAAUAUACCAUUGAUACUCACUUUACUGUCAAGACAUUAUGUCCCGAUGUUUUUGGAUCCAAGGAUGUUAAAAAUGAUAAUUUACUUCAAAUAGCAAUGAAAACUGUAUUUGUUGGUCCUGUCCCUAAACCUCCUCAAUCAAAUGAUAUAAUACUCUUCGGAAAAUUGAUGGAUUUCAAUCCAGACAACUAUACACUGGCACCUCAAGUGAAUUUAUUUGAUUUGGCAACCAUGAUGUACUAUUUGGAACACGGGCCAGCCGAUGGUGUUCAUAUUGUGCUAGAUAUGAAAGGAGUAGUUUUUGCGCAUUUUCUUAAACUUAAUCCAGUUGUUAUAAAGAAAUUUUUGUAUUAUUUACAGGAAGGAAUGCCCAUAAGACUGAAGACCCUUCAUUUUAUCAAUAUUGUAUCAUUUAUGGAUAAAAUUUUAGCCCUAAUGAAACCAUUUAUGAAGAAGGAACUGAUUGAUUCUCUACAUCUUCAUAUUGAUGCUGAAUCUGCAUUUAAACAUAUUCCUAAAGAAAUGUUUCCUCAAGAAUAUGGAGGACCUUGUGAGUCAACAAAAAUAAUACAAGAGAAAAUCAGAAGUAAAAUUCUGGACAACGCAGAUUAUGUUGCCCAUCUGACUAAUCAAGUAGUUGAUGAAUCCAAAAGACAAGGAAAGCCAAAGAACGCUGGAGACUUAUUCGGUGUAGAAGGAAGUUUUAAAAAACUAGAAGUCGACUAGAAGUUAUUUUAUUUAUUUUGCAAUUAACUAUUGAUAUUUGUUUUUGUUUUUGUUAUCAGGUUUAUGUUUAAUUUAAAAUUGUGAUUAUGAGUUUAUUUUUUUUUUUAAUUAUAAUAUUGUUUUAA